UUGGCCGAGCGCAUCCCAGAGAGGCAGUGGCGUGCAGAGCUCAUGAGCUUCGCUUAUUUCUCCUCAUCGUGGGUUUCUGUGCAAGGUGGAAGUAACUUUUGGCCAUCUGAAAGGAGUAACAAUAGCAUUUGGAAUCUAGUACUGGUCUGGAAGGUCACGGCAGACAGUAACAAUGUCGGCGUCAGCGGCGAAAGUCAGCAGAAAGGAGAAUUCAAAUCACGACGGAGCGGACGAGACCUCUGAAAAGGAACAACAGGAAGCAAUUGAACACAUUGAUGAAGUACAGAAUGAAAUUGACAGACUGAACGAGCAGGCUAGUGAAGACAUUUUAAAAGUAGAACAGAAGUACAACAAAUUACGCCAGCCAUUUUUUCAGAAGAGGUCAGAGCUCAUAGCCAAAAUACCUAACUUUUGGGUCACAACAUUCGUUAAUCAUCCACAAGUUUCAGCUCUUCUUGGUGAGGAAGAUGAAGAAGCACUUCAUUACUUAUCAAGGGUUGAGGUCACAGAGUUUGAGGACAUAAAGUCUGGAUAUAGAAUAGAUUUUUUUUUUGAUGAGAACCCAUAUUUUGAGAACAAAACCCUUUCCAAAGAGUUUAACGUAAAUGAGAGUGGUGAUCCUGUGUCCAAAUCGACUGAAAUCAAAUGGAAAGCCGGAAAGGAUCUGACUAAGCGCACUGGCCAGUCACCUAACAAAGCUGGAAAGAAGAGACAGCACGAAGAGCCCGAGAGCUUCUUUACUUGGUUCACUGACCACUCAGAUGCAGGAGCUGAUGAGCUGGGGGAAGUGAUCAAGGAUGACAUUUGGCCCAACCCUCUUCAGUACUAUUUGGUCCCUGACAUGGAAGACGAAGAGGGUGAUGGUGAUGAUGAUGAUGAUGAAGAGGAAGAGGGUCUGGAGGAUAUUGAUGAGGGUGAGGAGGAAGAAGGAGAAGAUGAUGAGGAGGAUGGUGAUGGAGAAGAUGGAGAGGAUGAAGGGGAUGAUGAUUAGUAAAAGGCAUUUAUUCAGUCACCUUUGGUGAUCCUCCUAUUAACUACGGGAGCAAAGUAUUUUGUUUUGGGGAGGUUUUGUAAAAUAAACAACUUUUUCCUGUGUGUUGUCAGCCUGUCCAACAUCUUCCCUGCAGCUGCAGCCUGCCCAUAUUAUCAUGUCUUAGACCAGUCUACACCGGUCUACAGGGUGAUGGUGGGGAGGGACAAUGGUUCUAUUAAGUCUCACUCAUCAUUGUUUCUGUACGUCUCCCAAAGACAUGCAAAAGAACUUUUUGUAGCAUUAUGCACGUCAUCUGCGUAGAUUUAAAAAUGCGUACAAUAGCAAUUUGUAUGUAAGACAUGAAAAUAAAUUUUCUGUUAAUGGUGUGAGUUCAAUAAAUAAGCCAUGGUGCAGUGAUGAUUUAAUCAUAGCAUCCUUAACCACUUUUAUAUAAAAUGUAUAUUAUACUAAGUGGUGAGGGUUAUUUCAAGACACUAGAAGCAUUUUCCUUUACUUGUACUAAUGGGACUGACUGAAUGCACCAGCUUGUUAUGUUCAACUUUACAUGUUUCGGGUACAUGUAUCUUGAUAUUAGACAAUUGUACUUGGAGGGAUAAUAGGACGAGGCAUCAGGUUUGGGUAGUAUUCUUUUUCAGACAUCCACAACAGGUCUUUUUUUUUUACAUAUAUAUAUACACACAAUUCUAGUUUUAAGCUUAGCUGAACAUUUGGUAAAUUUUAGAGACGAUUUUUAUGUAGAGUCCCUCUGGAGUCUGCAGUAUUUGUUCUGUUCCACUGGACACCCAUUUAUUAUAAAAUUAAGUGUACCUGUUGCUUUGUAAAAUAAAUAAAUGUACAACUUUUUGGGUGGCUUGAUCACA